GAAGAGUUGAAACAAAUGGCAGGUUCAAAGAAAGGAAAGAGCAGCAACAAGAAGAGAGAAGACAAGUCAAAGCCUAAAGAAUCAAACUCAAAACUUUCAUCUCAUCAAGAGUCCUCAUCAACAGCCGAAAAUGUUGUUCCUGCUGAAGGUGGUGAUGAACCGAUUGAAGAGGUUAUGUGGGGAAAAAGCCCUGAUGCUAAAACAGAAGAAUUGGCAAUGAGAUUGGAAAUGAAAGUGAAGGAGCUUGAGGCGCAAGUGGAAGAGAAAAAGAAGAGGCGAGAGUUAUUGUCCGAGCUCUUGAAACAGCAAAAGAUAGAAAUUGGGAGUGCUCACAUAAACAGCAUGUUGAAGAUGAGAUUGCGAUCAAGGGAAAUGAGUGAUGCGCUUGAUUUUCUGGAGAGGAGAACAAGUGAUCUUGAGGUUCAAAAUCAGAGGCUUCGGGCCGAGCUAUCUGCGUGUAAAGUUAAUGGCAUUGAAUUGGAGAGGAAACUGAAGGCAGGAAUAAAAAAGGAGAAGGGAAUGAUUAACCAAAUUGAAGCUCUUGAAGGAAUGAAUGAUAGUGUCAAAAACGAGAUUCAUGAGAUGAUAGAAAUGAACCUCCAGCUUGAUAAGCAGUUGCAUGUCACUAAAGAAGCUAGUAAUGAACUUGAGGUGAGAGUGAAGCAAAAGUUGAAGGAACUAGAGGAAGCGAAAGAUCUGCUCAAAGAAGAAAAAAGAUUACUGAGAAUUGCAACAGAGACUAGGGAAGAAAUGGUAGCAACUUUGCAGCAAGAAAUUGAGGCUGAAAGAAAACAAGUGGAACAUGAAUGGAUAACUUUGUAUCAUGAAUUCAGUAUCCUCGAGGAAACCUACGGUUUCCAAGGUGAAUCGUCUUUCUCUUCUUCUUCUUCUUCUUCUCACGACGGAUUAAAGACGUUCCCAGACAGAAUCUGGGACGAUGAUUGUGACAUUCCGAUUCACCGGCGAUGUAUAAUGUGCUUGAAGAGGGAAACCGGAAUCCUUUUCAUUCCUUGUGGUCAUCUAGUCAUUUGUAUUGAAUGUCGCGAAAGAAUCGCAAAUGAAUGCCCUUGCUGCAAGGAGAAUAUUCAAGAAAAGGUGCAUUUAUUUCUGAAGGCGUCUUUUCAAGGGAUGUGGUUGUCGGGCUGCAUUGGUUUUGGUGGAUGA